AGUUGUUAAACAUGGUUUCCACGCUUACAAUACUCGUCUUUUCUUGUUGGCUCACAGUUUUACGUGCAAUCAGACUCUGUGAUAACUCUCAUCAGUCUGUAGUAAUCAGUGCUCCAGGAGACAUCAUCAUUGGUGGGAUCUUUGCAAUCCAUGGAAAAGUGGAGUUGGUAAACCGAACACAACCAGGAAUAUUAAACUGCUCAGACUUUCGAAUUAGCCGAUUCUUCACAGCCCAGGUUAUGGUGCACCGUAUCAAGCAGAUAAACAAUUCUUCCAUGCUGCGGGGCAUCAAAUUAGGAUAUGAAAUUCAUGACAGCUGCACUGAUGUCAUCGGUGCAGUACAAGCCGCCAUGAAAUUUCUUUCAAAAUUUAAUUCCUCGGAAAAUAGCAUUGGAGUUCACUGCAAUUAUACAAACUAUGUACCUGCUGCAAAAGUGAUUGUGGGGAGUUCCUACUCAGAAAUCUCAAUUGUGAUUGCAAGAAUGUUGAACCUUUACCUCAUCCCACAGAUAAGUUACGGGGCAUCAGCAGAAAUACUCAGUGACAAAACAAAGUUUGGAUCAUUUUUCCGGGUUGUCCCUAGUGACAAGCAUCAAACAAUGGCCAUUGCCAAAUUGAUUGUACAUUUCAAAUGGAACUGGGUUGGAGUCAUUGCAACUGCAGAUGAUUACGGGCAGUCAGCACUUAACAGUUUUAUCCUGCAUGCACAGAAGCUGAGUAUAUGUGUUGAUUUUCGUUUUUUGAUCCCUACUGCGAGUGAUGAAGAUCAGAUCGUUAAGCUCAGAGAAAUUGCAACAAAAAUUCAGAAUUCAACUGCAGAAGUUAUGGUCACAUUUAUUAGGUCAUCUGAUAUCAGUGAACUGUUCAAAUUAUUGAUCAAGAAAAAAGUAAAAAAAACCUGGAUUGCCAGUGAUACCUGGUCCGAUUCCAGGAGUGUUGCCAACAUGAUGCACAUCGAAGAAGUAGGAACUAUUUUGGGCAUUACAUUCAAAAGUGGAAAAAUUCCAAAUUUUGCUGAAUAUUUGGAACAGUUGCAGACACAUCCCAGCAAUGCCGACGAUUUUACUAAAGAAUAUUUAAGGAUUGCAAGUAGUAACACAAGUUCCCAUGAAAUUUCAAAUAAAAUUGAAGAGGCCAAUACCUCGUUUAACUAUGGUGUAUACUUAACAAUCAAUGCAAUUGUUUAUGCCCUUAAGAGAAUGCUCAAUUGUGAUCAAGGAAAGUGCAAUCGAAGUUUUGAUUUUCCACCAUGGCAGAUGCUUAAUGAAUUGAAAAAUGUCAAGUUUAUGACUGAAAAUGGACAAUUUCAGUUUGACAGUUCAGGAGAUUACUCAAGUGGCUAUGACAUCGUGUACUGGAAAUGGAUGAACGGUUCUAUACAAUUUGUAAACGUUGGUGACUAUAACGUGACAACAAAGCUGAUUAAUAUCAAUGCUGAUUUCAACCAAAUUGCCAAGGUUGGAGAACAUCGUUGCUCAGAAACCUGUAAACCUGGACAGAGAAAGACCAUUACACCUGAAAACAAUUGUUGUUACAGUUGCAGUAUCUGCACUUCGGGAACUUACUCAAAAGAAAAUGAUUCGACCGAGUGCAUGAACUGCUCAGAAAACUAUUGGUCCAAUACAGGAAGUUCAACUUGCCAAAAAGCUACUGUGAAUUUUGUGCAAUGGAAAGAUCCCCUUUCUAUUGUGCUAAUCAUAUUUGCCAUUUUAGGAACACUUAUUGUGUGUGUGGUAAGCAUAUUGAUUACAAAACAUCUGAACACACCUGCUGUGAAAGCUGCUGGAGGUUGGAUGUGCUACAUAAUGUUGUUAUCACUGGUAGUUGGUUUGGUCAGUUCUAUAUUGUUUAUUGGAGAGCCACAUAAUCUCAUUUGUUUAAUUCGACAACCACUUUUUGGCAUCAGCUUUACGCUUUGUGUUUCUUGCAUUUUGAUUAAAUCCUUUAGGGUCAUCUUGGCUUUUAGUUUUAAUCCAACUGCCCAUAAAAAUCUCAAGCUUUUUUAUAAGCCAGUUCCCAUUAUAGUUAUUACCACAGGAGUUCAAGUGGUGAUUUGUACAGUGUGGUUAUCUUUGAAUCCUCCAAAAAGUAUGGAAACGAGAGCCAAUCCCCAAAUUAUAUUGAAGCUAUGCGAUGAAGGGUCCCCUGAAGCAUUUGGAAUAAUGUUGGGAUACAUUGCUUUACUUGCUUUUAUCUGCUUCAUUCUUGCUUACAGAGGAAGAAAGGCCCCCAAAAUGUAUAACGAGGCAAGAUUGAUCACAUUUAGCAUGCUUGUUUAUGUAAUUGUGUGGAUUUCUUUUGGAAUUGUACAUUUUCAAGUGGUAAAGAACAGACAUUCCUUAAUAACUGAAUCAAUUGCAAUUUUAGCAUCAAUCUAUAGUAUUUUAUGUUGCCAUUUCAUUCCAACCUGCUAUGUAGUUUACUUCAAGAAAGAAAGUAACGUUGAGUCAAAUUAUCUGACCCAUGCAAGGGAACAUUUCAAACAGAAAGGACAGUUUGUGUGUCCAGUUAUAAAAAUGCAAAGGCAUUCUCGAGUUUCUAUUGAAGAACAGCUUUACCCCGGGACAGAAGUGAGGGCCGGUCCUGAAAAUGAAUGCUCCAAUAAUCAGCAAACGGAACACACAAACCAGAACAAAUGUUUCAAGAAUCAUAGAGUUGCAUCAAUCUGCUUGAGAAAAAGACAUAGAAGUUGUUAAUUGCUUCUAGCCUACAUAUGAAAUCUCAAGGAAAAUACUGGAUACAUUAUUUUCAUAUUAACUGCAUUGUUACAAUUAGUUUAGACAAUAGAAAAGCACAUAUCCUUGUUUCAUCCAUUGAAAUAUUAGCAGGUGAAUGCUAAAAUCCAUAUAGCAACUAUUUUAAAGUCACCAUUAACCAACUUGAACUGUACACUUGUACCCCACUUAGCACUACCCCACAGAGCACUGAUUCAUUACAACAUCAGUCAAAAAACGCAGGUACAAACCCAAAGAAUUUUCAAAGAGAAGUCCACUGAGGCCACAAGCUGUUAUAUCGGGUAUCUGCCAUGCAUGCUGCCUUCCUCAUUGCGGUGUUGGGAACGUAAAAUAUAAACCAAGCACUAACCCUUGUCCUCCACUGACAUCAGUGCAGCAAAAUGUCGCCCAUAGCCCGGUGUGGACAGGCUGUCUGUGAGAGCUGGCUUUGGGAUCAAUGGUUCAUAAAUUCAUAAGUUCUAGGCGCGGAAUUAAGCUAUUCAGCCCAUCAAAUCUAUUCCGCCAUUCAAUCCCGAUAACCCCUGACACUAUAACUAAUCAAGAAUUUAUCUAUCUCUGCCUUAAAAAUAUCCAUUAACUUGGCAAAGAACUCCACAGAUUCACCACCAGAAAGGUGCAGCCACUCAGCACUCAACGUUGAGGCUCAUGGUUGCACCCUGGCACACUGUGUGUGAAUCUCGUUAGACCUGAUUUGGACUACGCAGUUUCAGCAUGGGACCCAUACACAAAUAAAAACAUUUCUU